AUGGAAGAUAAAGAUCUUGAUUAUCAACCACCUUUUGAUGCUUCAAUUGGUGAAGAAAAGAUAAAAGAACAACUGACAGCUUUGAACAGUCUUCUUUCUGCUUGUGGUAGUAAAAGAAAAGUAAAUGUGACGACAUCUUAUAAAGAUCUAUCACAUCGUGUCAAAUUGAGAUAUGUAAGUUUAAUUAAAGUCAUAAUGCGAUCGGCUACAUCAUUGGUGGCAUCGAAUGAUGCUGGCAUGCUCAUUUAUGAUUCAUUUAGCGAUAUUAAUAGUGAAGAUUCGAAUAUUCUUUUAGACGGAAAUUUUCGUCAAAUAAUGAGUGGUGUUUCGGAAGCAUACACCGGCGCUGAAUCGUGCGAAUCGAGACGAGAGAUUCUCUCAAUUGUAGCACCAAAAAUAUCGUUCAAUCUCAUGCAAUUAUUCAUACCAGGUUUAACUGAUUACAGAUUCUAUGCAGCACAUUUACACGCUCACAGAUAUGGAGUUGGUUCGAGAGUUGAAGCGCCAACAAAAAUGGUGAAACGAUUUGAUGAUUGUCAAAUUGCUCAUUUUGUUGACUUUAUUGUUUCAUUUCACAUCUGUACAGAUUUACCGUUUGGUGAAAAAGUAUUGAAGAUAUCGUCUGGAAUUGAAUUGUUCGUUCCAAAUACGAUAAGAAAUAUGGGAGCGACUAGUAUUGUCGAUCAGUAUCUUCUUUAUUGCAAAGAGAUGUGUUCAGAUUUUGAAUCACUCGGUAAAAGUAGUUUAUUUACUAUUCUCGAGACUUGUAAAGCGUCAACAAGAAAAUCUUUACAAGGUAUCAACUACUUCGCAGCCGAAGCUGUAGAAGCAUUUGACGGCAUAAGAAAAAUGAUUGAAGAUAAAGACGCUGUUUCUAGUGAAAGUAGACGACUUAUUGAUAACUUGAAACGUGCUCGAUUCUAUUAG